AUGGAACAAAAUAAGGACAGAUUUUUGAAUUAUUACGGCGGUCAAACCGCAAGGUAAGCAAUGUAUUACGUCUCCACUUCAUUCCACUCACACUUUUUUUUUAUCCGGAUAAAACAGAUUAUUCAUUUGUUUUCCGUUUUUUUUUUCAGGCAAGAUCCACAGCAACAAUAUUCGCGAAUGUCUGCGACGUAUUUCCCUUACUACCCGCAACCUCAAUAUGCUGUGCUGCCGUUCUGUGGCUCUCAAUUGCAAGGAGCGCAAGAAAUUCACUCAUCUUCAGUACGACGCCAUUCUGAUCUGCCUGGCUCGCAAUUGCAAGAGAACAGCCACAGCAGCAGUGGCAGCACUGGUCCAAAGAAGAAAAAUCGUUGGACAGACACUGAAGAAAAGAUCUUGGUGGAGCUGUUUGGAGAAAAUGAAGAUAAGCUGCGAUACAAAGCCUUUAGCUCCCCUGAAUGGCUGUCAAUUGCUCGCCAGCUGCACUCGCGGUGCAAGGAACAAAACGUAGACAGCGACAAAACGCCACAACAGUGCAAGAACAAAUUGGCAAAUUUGACAAAGAAGUAUAAAAACACCAAAGACAAGCUUCGGUCGACAGGAUACGGCAGAGGGGGCGAUGUGCCGUCCGACAAUGAAAGUGAAGAAANCCACAACAGUGCAAGAACAAAUUGGCAAAUUUGACAAAGAAGUAUAAAAACACCAAAGACAAGCUUCGGUCGACAGGAUACGGCAGAGGGGGCGAUGUGCCGUCCGACAAUGAAAGUGAAGAAAGUGAGGACAUCAUACCGAAACAUUUCAACGAUAUGGAUGAAAUUCUCGGUAAAAGGGAAUCCAUCAACCCACGCCACGUGCUCGAAAGCUCUCACUUCCCCGAUAGCGAGUUACCGGAAAUGUCGGAACUCGAAGGCCAUAUCCUCGAGAACGAUGCCCUAGAUGAGGAUAUCUGCUGA